AUGAUCAAAGCGACGCCAACAAAACGGGAAGGCUCAGUCAUUCGCCUCGUUCACCCGGGCUCGCCUCGUUCACCCGGGCUCGCCUCGUUCACCCGGGCUCGCCUCGUUCACCCGGGCUCGCCUCGUUCACCCGGGCUCGCCUCGUUCACCCGGGCUCGCCUCGUUCAUCCGACGGUCAAGGUGACGUGCCAAGGAGUCGAGUAUGUGUAUGGGGCGACAUAUCUCGCUGAUGGAGUCACUGCUGCUAAGGGUCCAUCUGGUGAUCACAAUGGAGCCACCGGUGAGUUGAUCACCUUCAGCGAGACGUACACUUGUGCCGCCGAUGGGACGUGGGCACCGUCGAAUGGGGAAUUCUCUUGUGAAACGUACACUGUGCCACCAAAAACCACCGCCGCAACGACAACGACAAACACCGUUUCGACGAAAGUCACCGCAACAACAGUCCCCGCGAAAACAACUGUCACCACUACCAAGAAAACGACAACGAAAACCACAACGAAGACCACAACGAAGACGACGAAGAAGCCAACGACAAAGACGACUAAGAAACCCACAACAAAGAAGACGAAGAAGCCAACGACAAAGACGACGAAGAAACCCACAACGAAAACGACUAAGAAACCCACGACAAAGGCGACGAAGACGACGAAGAAAACGACAACGGAACCAACAACAAAGCCACCAACUUGUUGCUCAGCUACAGGCACUUGGACGGAAUGGGUUUCACAAGGACAAUGUCCCGAUUAUUGCGGAUCGUGUGGAAAGCUCACGCAUACGAGAACCUGUACCUCGAAGGCUAAAGGAUGUCCUUGCAAGGGUGCUGCACAAAAAGUCGAAUAUUGUAACACGGGUGUGUGCAGUUUCCCCCGAAAAACCUGUUGCCCAGGGAUGAAAACCGGAGUUUGGAAUAACGAGAACGCGUGCGGGCCUUUGCCAACGCGAACAGUCGAGCAACCAAGUUUCAACAAUUGCACAAAAGGUUGUUGUCCAUUGAAAGGUGCGUUUAAG